GGAAACGUGAACUGCCCGAAAGCCUGUCUGUCUGCUUGUGUUGCAAUCUUAACAAAAGGCGAGACAAUUUACCGAAAUGAGCACUAAUAUUUCUGCGAGGCUUUAAUUUAACUACCCAAGAUGGUAGUUAACCUUGAGUCAACUCGGGAAUUGAUCCAGCUCGUUAAACUCAACUACGGAGAAGAAUGCCUGUGCUGGUACGCUAGCUAGCUGGCGUUAGCUUUCAGGAUGGGCAACUGAACGCUAACCGAACGGGAAAAUAUAAAUGUACAAUGACUGAAUCUUGAGAGCACUGUCUCUCGAAAGCGCGUCGAGAAAAAGCGAGUUCAGUGUGUGUCUUUAGCUACCUCCGAGCCGUGUGGAUACUGUUUACAUGAUGAAGAACUGCGAGUACCAGCAGAUCGACCCCCGGGCGCUGUCGGUGUCGCCCUCGUCGGCACAGAACCACCUCGAAAAGAAAGAGCAGCGGCCGCGGAGGAAAUGGGAAGUGUUCCCAGGAAAGAACAGGUUUUUCUGCGAUGGACGGAUCAUGCUGGCCAGACAGAGCGGUGUCCUUCCUCUGACACUGGGCCUUAUUGUUGUCACUUGUGGCCUUUUCUUUGCAUUCGAUUGCCCAUUUCUGGUGGAGCAUCUGACCAUCUUCAUACCUGUGAUUGGUGGGAUGCUUUUUGUGUUUGUGGUCAUCUCCCUGCUGAGAACCAGCUUUACAGACCCAGGCAUCCUUCCUAGGGCCACCCCAGAUGAAGCUGCCGACAUAGAGAAACAGAUAGAUACCUCAGGAUCCUCUACAUAUCGCCCCCCUCCGCGUACCAAGGAGAUCCUCAUCAACCAGCAGGUGGUAAAACUCAAAUACUGCUUCACUUGUAAAAUGUUCCGCCCCCCUCGGACCUCCCACUGCAGCCUGUGUGACAACUGUGUGGAACGAUUUGAUCACCACUGCCCAUGGGUGGGGAACUGCGUUGGCAAACGCAAUUACCGCUUUUUCUACAGCUUCAUCAUCUCUCUGUCAUUUCUGACAUCUUUCAUAUUUGGCUGUGUCAUCACACACAUUACUCUACGUUCUCAAGUAGUUAAAAGCCUCGUUCAAGCCAUUCAAGAGAGCCCUGCCAGUGUGGUGGAGCUGGUGAUUUGUUUCUUCUCCAUCUGGUCUAUACUGGGACUCUCAGGCUUCCAUACAUAUUUAGUAGCCUCCAACCUCACAACAAAUGAAGAUAUAAAGGGUUCCUGGUCAAGUAAAAGGGGUGCAGAGGAGUCUGGGAAUCCGUACAGUUACAACAGCAUCAUAACUAACUGCUGUGUGACGUUAUGUGGCCCCAUGCCCCCGAGUCUGAUUGACAGAAGAGGCUUCCUGCCUCCUGAUGAGGCGAUCCCUGCUGCUUCUGCCUCGGAGAUAGAGCUGCCACUCUUUGCGGCCAAGAAUGACACGCACAUGUGCACUCAGAGCACCAAGGACGUGCUGGAGAGGAUGGUUAACUCCUCCGACUUUCAUGGCCUGUGUCCCCCUUGCACCCCAAAGACCACCCCACUUGGCCCGGAAGUUUUCAGCACGCCGGCACCUUCCUCAGAGCCUUCACCCUCCACUGGCUGCUCACAACAGCACGACCGCCAGCCCGUGGCCGCUCCUUGCCCUGUGUUCAGCAGAAGCAGCAAGAGGGACUCGCUGCACUCCAUCAACCCAGCCUUCCGUCUGGCUUCUCCCUCGCCGUCGCUGAGCCGGGCCAGCUUGAUUCUGGGCGAUGCACCCGACAUUGGCUUUAUUCCUCUAUCCUGAGUGCGCACCCAGUAACCAUAGGAGAACAGAAGGAGUCAUAGUGGACUUAUUCCGCUGCUCUGUAUCAUUGGCAAUGAAUUUGACUGACUUUUUUUUUACAGUGGUGGUCAUGAAGCGUGUUGCCAUUUGGUUUCUCAAGAUGUCAUUAUGAUUUGAUUAAGCAUUACCUGUUCUGUGAGUUAAAUCAACAAUGUACUACUGUAUGUGUCCUUCAGGAUGGAGGUAAAUCUUAGUAACACUUGGAAGCACAAUAUAGAAAUAUUUUUUUAAACACCUUUUUAUUAAAGAUACCCAGAACAUGCCUCCACACCUUCCACAGAACCUCAAGCCAUACAUCACAGCCGCAGUGUUUAAGUUCCUGUUAAUAUCUUAUGCAAACAGGUCUUUAAAUCUGGGAAAACUUAACGUUUGACUGUGGAUGCAAGAAGUACAGAAACAAAAGAUCUUACUGAAAUGGCAUGCUCUGGAUAGUGAGCCAUUUCAGGAUGAUCAGUUCAAGAGUUAGCCUUAUGUCACGUCUGAUCAUAUCCUGUCACCCAGGUCUACAUCAGCCCAGUGUCAUUGGGUGGAUCCAGUUUGACUGUUUUUAGAUACAUGAAUAAUCACUUUUUGAAGGGAGAGGAGGAGGUGCAGUUUUUGUUUUAUUUUUAUUGUAUGCGUAUAAAAGCUUUUUUUCAGUUUUUUCUAAUCAGUUCUGCAUGUCUUGUACAUCAGAUGCUUUUAAGCUAAAUGGCAAAUAUUUCAGAUUUAUUCAGGUGUGACUGGAUACUGAAUGACUAAAUUGUGUAGCAUUUAUACAUAAUUAUACAUAACUGUAUAAUGUCCACUUUGUUGCUUUAUCAAAUGUGUUGGAUGUUAAAACCAAGUAUUUAAAUCAAACUCAUAUUUGCUGCUGCUGCCUAUCAGGGCUUGGAUUGGAGUAUUCAUCGCUGAAAUGCUGUUUCCUAUUUAUGUGGUCUCCUGGAACGCUUUCAGUCUGAGUGAGCAUCUGCUUUUUCUUUGCUUCAGGGCACAUCAACAGUAUGUUACCUGUCACAAGUGUGUCGGCGGUUGGAGCACAGGCCUGACGUUCGACUGUUUCAAGCAGCGUAAUGUUUUAGGAAUGUUGAUGAGGCCUCUUCUCGUGCAGGGCAAGCUGUCAUUUUCAUGGCUGUGACCUUUAACUGCUCUUACAGCAUGAAACUUAACCCCCUGUCUGUGAUGGUGGAGUACAGUUUCUUGUGAGGGUUAGGAGUUAGUUUGUGCCACUAGGGGGCAGGAUGUGAAUAAGGAUUGCAGGCUUGCCGGAGAACAAUUUAGUAACUUGAAAACCAUUAGAAGAAAGGCCUUGUGAUGUUUUAUUUAUUCUUUCUUUUUGUAAUUGAGUGUUGAAGCUGUACAUAGGUUGUGAGUCUGUGAAGAACCACUUUGCCAUAGUCAGUGGGUCGUUCAUUUAUCAGUCUGCAUCAAGAUCCAUAGUUUGUGUAGAGACAAUUACAAGCAGUGCUUGUAUGAACAAACUUGUUUGCAUUUUGUAGGAUGUGGCAGUGGACCUGUAACAUUAGGUCAAUAAAAAUGAUCAGUUUUGUUGA